AUGGCUUUUAAGACGAGUUCAAUAUGUUCCUUUGUCCGCCAUACUCCGAGCAACCGGACCCUGCUACAGGCUGGCCAGCGACGAUGCAAUUCUACCAGUUCUACCAAUUCGUUAUACAGCCGAUUUGCUGAGAGAAGCCAACGCGAAUCGAUGAUGAAACUGGCCAUGCGGGAGCGAUUCGAGAAGCAAGCUCAACAGGAACAGCGAGCCCGGGCUUUCGAAAGACAGCAGAAACGACACUGGGAGAGUGGCGAUAUAUAUUCUCCGCACGAUCUGAGUCCGGCGGAAAUGAUGAAGUGGAAACAGAAGAAAAGCCCGCCGACUGAUGCGUUUGAUGCCCUGUCUCUGAACCCUCUCCACCUGUACAAGAAUUUUGCUAUCAUGUCCGAGUACGUGACCGAAAUGGGUCGUAUUAGACACUCCUCCGAAACUGGACUGCGACCAGUGAACCAGCGAAAAAUCUCUAAAGCCAUUCGAAGAGCUGUAAGCUUGGGCCUGAUGCCGAGCGUUCACAGACACCCCGAAAUCCUUGCUGCUGAGGCUAGAUCGAAAAUGCAACGAGGGCUGAGACCGUGA